AUGAAUUCCGAACAACCAAGACUGCCCAAGGCGCCCUCGACCACAGAUAACUACCGUCGUCCCCCAAGUCGACAGCAUUCUGAUGUUAAUAGCCCGACCUCUGUCGCCACUACCGGAACCAAUCAGUCGUUAGGAACGGACCCCGGCAACGAUAACAACGUCUCCCAUCUAGCACACAUCUCUUCGCCCACGAGUAGGAACACGGCUUCAUCCACGAGCACCUCGGCAACCCACUCCAACAGCUCCACUAUCCAGUCAAACGAUUCAAAUGUGUAUAGUAUCGAGUCUUCUCCGACAGCCACAGCGUUACCAUCUUUUGCGCUGAGAGAUGGAUCCGACACGGGCAGCCGUCGCGGCGCUUCCAGGCGCCGAACCGGUCCCCUGUCCGCGGAGCAGAGGGAAAAGGCUGCACUCAUCCGACGUGUUGGGGCCUGUGAAUCGUGCCGGCGUAGAAGGGUCGCCUGUCAUCCGAACCAUCACAACAUGACUUGGGAAGAUGCUUUUCGCAAGUAUCGCUCCGGUAGUCCAACUCAGGAGCUUGCGCCGAUAAGUGCCCGUCCGAGUAGCCCCAAGCACUCUGGUUUCGAGGCAAUAAACCAUGCAAAAGCACCAGCGCCGCAAGAGCAUCCGGACCAUAUGGAUGUCGACAGUGUGUCAUCGUCACUGGACCGCGUGAGGAGGCUCUCGCACAGUGAUUCUCGCAUCAGGACGCCGCUGCCGACAGGACCGCGCAUAGAGAGGAUCGCAGCCCAGGCCUCGCAAGUGGUGCAAGCUGCACAAGCAUCGCACUCUUCUCUGUUCCAACCGACGGCCGAGUCAAUCCAGUCCGAAUUGCAAGCAAUGGCGUCCAAAAUUUCGUCGAACCCUUAUCGCAGCCGGUAUAACGCUGUUCAAGCACUGCUCCUCUACUGGGAAGACGAAAGUGACCAGGACGUUGGCCCUGCCGUGAAUGAGCUUUCGGAUGUCUUGGAAAAGCACUACCAAUACGUCAGCGAGAUAAAGGCUAUCCCAUCAGUAUCCGAGAGUGGCAAGAGCUCAUGGAGGUGGUUGUCACAAACGGUAACGUCUUUCGUUGACAAUCGCGACCAACGAGACGUGUUAAAGAUUCUUUACUAUGUUGGUCAAAGCUAUUUGGACGCCAACCGGGAGAUGGUUUUGGCUCACACGCGAAAUCGAAGAGAAGCUUCGACGAUCAGGUGGAGUGGAAUCCAACAAAUACUCGAGGAGGCAAACUCCGAUACGCUAAUUCUGAUGGACGCUGCAUACUACCCUUCCUCCAAGUUGGUGCGGCAACAAGGGGUCCUCGAAGUCGUUGCGGCAUCAGCAUCGGAAGAACACUCAGCGUAUCUGGAUCGAACGUCCUUUACACGAGAACUGACGGAACAAUUACGAAGGCGGGCAGGCCAGAAGUUUCUCAGCCCUUUCACAGCAGCCGAGCUCCAUGCGAAACUGCUUUCGACCUAUCCCCGCAUGUGUCGCGACCGCAACCCGGAGAAGCAGGUAGUGACCAGCGCUCCAUCACCCUUGCACAUACAGAUCGCGGCCAACACUCGAUUGCCCUCUGUUCUUCUCGCACCAGUCCGCAGAGGGUUGCCUAUGUGCGUUGAGCCCGACCCGAGCGGGCCGCAGCUGAGUCUAACAAUAGGACUCAGUGACGAUGCUCUUCACCUGGAAAGCUGGGCAGAGUGGCUUCGUUUGAUGCCGGAUGGUAUCAAAGACCUGAAAAUCGAGGGCCCAUAUCGUAACCCUUAA